AUGGCGUUGCUCGAGAAUAGCUGGGUAAAGGUGCAACAAAAGACAUUCUGCAAAUGGCUCAACAACAAGCUCAAGGCGCGCAACGUCCAGAUCAAUGACCUGACCACCGACUUGUGCGACGGAGUCAUCCUCAUCCACCUGCUCGAAAUCCUGUCGCAGGAAUCCCUCGGCCGCUAUGCUGCCCGUCCCAAACUCCGCGUGCAGCGCUUCGAAAACGUCAACAUAGCCCUCGACUUCAUCAAGAGCCGCAAGAUCCAAUUGACCAACAUCGGCGCCGAGGAUGUGGUGGACGGCAACCAGAAGAUCAUCCUGGGCCUCAUCUGGACGCUCAUCCUGCGCUUCACCAUCAGCGACAUCAAUGACCAGGGGCUGAGUGCAAGAGAAGGACUGCUCCUGUGGUGCCAGAGGAAGACUGCGUGCUACGACGACGUGCAUGUCCACGACUUCUCCGGCAGUUGGAACGAUGGCCUGGCCUUCUGCGCCCUGCUCGACAUCCACCGGCCCGAUCUCAUUGAUUUCGAUCAACUAGACAAGUCGGAUCAUCGAGGCAACAUGCAGCUGGCAUUUGACAUUGCAUCCAAGGAGAUUGGAAUCCCCGAUCUGCUCGAUGUCGAAGAUGUCUGCGACGUCCCCAAGCCCGACGAGCGAUCGCUGAUGACUUACAUCGCAUACUGGUUCCACGCCUUCUCCCAGAUGGAGCGCGUUGAGAACGCUGGCAGGAGAGUCGAGAAAUUCGUGUCCAACAUGCAAGGCGCAUGGGAAAUGCAAAACAAUUUCGAGAAGAGAAUGCGAGCGCUGCUUCAACGGAUAGCCGAGCAACAACAGGCCUGGCAGUCUGCUCGAUUCGACGGGACGUAUAUCGAUGCCAAGGAGCAGAGCAACCAGUUCGUCUUGUACAAACAGCGGAAGAAGCGUGACUGGGUUGCGGAGAAGAGCGAACUUGCGGGAAUGUUGGGCAAUGUGAAGACCAAGCUCAACACAUAUCGUUUGCGACCAUAUGAGCCUCCGCGAGACCUGAGCCUAGCUGCCCUUGACAGCGCAUGGAGCGGCCUGAUGACUGCCGAGCGCGAACGCAGUCAAGUCAUCAACAACACCAUCCGCGAUAUCAAGAACAACCUCCGACGAACGUUUGCGGACAAAGCUAACGACUUUGCGCUGGCCCUGAAGACGAUCAGCAUGAGCGUUUCCGGCCUAGAUGGAGAAGUCGAAGAUCAAACUGCGCACACCAAGCAGAUUGCGAAGAACCUCCCUCCGCUCGACCAGUAUUUGACCAUCAUCCAAAAGCUGGACUAUCAGUGCCAAGAGGCUAAUAUUGAGGAGAACGACUUCACGACGUAUACAUACGACGAGCUUGCAUACGAACUCAGUCUCGUGAAGAGUAGCGUGCAGAAGAAGCUGGCAUUCCUCGACAACCAACUCGUCGCACGCAACAUGACCAACUUGACGCCUAUCCAGCUUGAAGAGUUCGAGUCAGUCUUCCGACAUUUUGACCGGGAUGUGUCCAAUAGCCUCCAAGAACUCGAGUUCUCGGCCGCGCUCGCGAGUCUUGGCCUCGUGUAUGACGAAGAGGAAAUGCACGACCGCUUUGUCGAAGUGGCCGGGCGCGGAGGCAGCGUCAGCUUCGAGCAGUUCAUCCGGUUCAUGGUGGACGUGACGGAAGAUCAAAAUACGGCGGAGCAGGUAUUUGAGAGUUUCAGAGAGGUGGCGGACGGCAAACCCUACGUGACGGAGCUCGAUCUGACCCAUAGCUUGAUUCCGGACGAUGUUGUGCAGCAGCUCGUGGAGAGCAUGCCGCCGCACAAGGGCCCGGAUCUCCAACAAGACAGGAAUAUUCCCAAGUAUGAUUAUCGGGCUUUUAUGGAGAGGUAUAUGGGGCCGCCCGCGAAUGGAACGCGGUAG